AUGUCUACCUGCAGCUUCCCUCAGCCUCCGAAUGGCAGAAAAGAGAAAGCAGGUGCUUCCUCUUCGGCCGGGCCCAAGUCAGGGAAACUCCGUCCGUCGCCUUCCCUCCUCGACGAACUUGGCCUUGGCCGCUUCUCCCGGGAGGGCGCGCGGAUGGCACACAGGCGGCAAGCAGAGAACUUGAGCGCCGCCCAGGCAGCCCAUGUGGCUCCGGGCAGCAGGGAGGAGCAGGUGCCCUGUUCCCGACGGCCGCGCCCGCUGUUGCGCCCCCUCCCGCGGUGCCCCUCGCCCUUGGCGCCCACGCCCCUGGUGCCCGCGCGGAGGGAGGCGCCGAUCGCAGGUAAUUAUUGCCACGGGGCCCGCGGGGAGCGGGGCUGGGCGCGCCGGCGGGGGCGGGCGGGAGCGGCGGGCGCGGGCAUAAAGGGGCGCGGCGCCGGGCCCCAGCGCCCGGCUCCAGCCAGCAUGCCCGUCCGCGCCCGGCCGCUGCAGCUCUGGCUGCGGCUGCUGCUGCUGGCGCUGGGCGGCCGCCUCCUCCGCGCCGAGCCGGGCGAUGGAGCGCAGACCUGGGUCCGUUUCGCACGUCCUCCGGUCCCCGAGGCCGCGGGCCUCCUCCACGACACCUUCCCCGACGGCUUCCUCUGGGCGGUGGGCAGCGCCGCCUACCAGACCGAGGGCGGCUGGCAACAACACGGCAAGGGCGAGUCCAUCUGGGACACGUUCACCCACCACCCCCCGGCGCCCCUGGGCGACCUCUCGAUCACCCCUCUGCCGUCGGGGACCCCUUUGGCACCCCCCGCCGCCACCGGGGACGUGGCCAGCGACGGCUACAAUAAUGUCUUGCGCGACACGGAGGCGCUGCGCGAGCUCGGGGUCACCCACUACCGCUUCUCCAUCUCGUGGGCGCGUGUCCUCCCCAAUGGCAGCGCGAGCGCCCCCAACCGCGAGGGGCUGCGCUACUACCGGCGCCUGCUGGAGCGGCUGCGGGAGCUGGGCGUGCAGCCAGUGGUCACCCUGUACCACUGGGACCUGCCCCAGCGAUUGCAGGAUGCCUAUGGCGGCUGGGCCAACCCCUCCCUGGCCGACCUCUUCAGGGAUUACGCCGAACUCUGCUUCCGGCACUUCGGCAGCCAGGUCAAGUACUGGAUCACCAUCGACAACCCCUACAUGGUGGCCUGGCACGGCUAUGCCACGGGGCGCUUGGCCCCUGGCGUCCGGGGCGGCGCGCGGCUCGGGUACCUGGUGGCGCACAACCUCCUUUUGGCUCAUGCCAAAAUCUGGCAUCUCUACAAUACUUCUUUCCGCCCAACCCAGGGAGGCCAGGUGUCCAUUGCUCUAGGCUCCCACUGGAUCAUUCCUCGAAGAACGACCGACCACAACAUCAAAGAAUGUCAAAAAUCUCUUGACUUUGUACUAGGCUGGUUCGCUAGACCCAUAUUUAUCGAUGGAGACUACCCCGAGAGCAUGAAGAAUAACCUUUCGUCUCUUCUGCCUGAUUUUACUGAAGCUGAGAAAAAGUUCAUCAAGGGAACAGCUGACUUCUUUGCUCUUUCCUUUGGACCAACCUUAAGCUUCCAAUUGUUGGAUCCUCAAAUGAAGUUCCGCCAGUUAGAAUCUCCCAGCCUGAGGCAGCUGCUUUCCUGGAUUGCCCUGGAAUAUAACCAUCCUCAGAUAUUUAUUGUGGAAAAUGGCUGGUUUGUCUCAGGGACCACCAAGAGAGAUGAUGCCAAAUACAUGUAUUACCUCAAAAAGUUCAUAAUGGAAACAUUAAAAGCCAUCAGGCUGGACGGGGUGGAUGUCAUCGGGUACACAGCGUGGUCCCUCAUGGAUGGUUUUGAGUGGCACCAAGGAUACAACAUCAGACGGGGACUCUUCUAUGUUGACUUUCUGAGUCAGGAUAAGAAGUUGCUGCCGAAGUCUUCAGCCUUGUUCUACCAAAAGCUGAUAGAGAAAAAUGGCUUCCCUCCUUUACCUGAAAAUCAACCCCUAGAAGGGACCUUUCCCUGUGACUUUGCUUGGGGAGUUGUUGACAACUACAUUCAAGUAGACACCACCCUGUCGCAGUUCACAGAUCCGAAUGUUUACCUGUGGGAUGUCCACCACAGCAAGAGGUUGAUUAAGCUGGACGGGGUUGUGAGCAGGAAGAGGAAAUCCUAUUGCGUGGACUUCGCGGCCAUCCGGUCCCAGAUCGUCUUACUGCAGGAAACGCACGUCACGCAUUUCCACUUCUCCCUGGACUGGGCCCUGGUGCUCCCUCUGGGCAACCAGUCCCAGGUGAACCACACGGUCCUGCGCUACUACCGCUGCGUGGUGGAAGAGCUGGUUCGUGCCAACAUCACGCCCGUGGUGGCCCUGUGGCAACCUGCGGCCCCACACCAGGGCCUGCCGCAGCCCCUGGCCCAGCAGGGCGCCUGGGAGAACCCACACACUGUCCUGGCCUUUGUGGAGUACGCCCGGCUGUGCUUUACGGAGCUGGGCCACCGCGUCAAGUUCUGGAUCACCAUGAACGAGCCGAACACGCGCAACAUGACCUACAGGGCCGGGCACCACCUGCUCAAGGCACAUGCGCUGGCCUGGCGCGAGUACGACAAAAAAUUCAGGCCCGCCCAGAAGGGUAAAAUAUCCAUAGCCUUGCAGGCCGACUGGAUUGAGCCCGCCUGCCCCUUUUCCCAGAAGGACAAGGAGGUGGCCGAGAGAGUGCUGGAAUUUGACAUUGGCUGGCUGGCCGAGCCCAUUUUCGGCUCUGGGGACUAUCCCCGUGUGAUGAGGGACUGGCUGAACCAAAGAAACAAUUUUCUUCUACCGUAUUUCACCGAAGAGGAGAGACAACUGGUCCGGGGUUCCUUUGAUUUUCUGGCUCUAAGCCAUUACACCACCAUCCUUGUAGACUGGGAAAAAGAAGAUCCCACAAAAUACAGUGAUUACUUGGAAGUGCAGGAGAUGACCGACAUCACGUGGCUCAAUUCUCCCGGGCAGGUGGCAGUGGUGCCUUGGGGGUUACGUAAGGUGCUGAACUGGCUGAAGCUGAAGUAUGGGGACCUCCCCAUGUAUGUCAUGGCCAACGGAAUUGAUGAUGACCUGCAGGCGGAGCAAGACCAGCUGCGGGUGUAUUACAUUCACAAUUAUGUGAAUGAAGCACUCAAAGCCUAUAUGUUGGAUGGCAUCAAUCUGUGUGGCUACUUUGCUUAUUCCCUUAAUGAUCGCUCAGCUCCCAAGUUUGGCCUCUACCGUUAUGCUGCAAAUCAGUUUGAGCCCAAACCGUCCAUGAAGUAUUACAGGAGAAUUAUCGACAACAAUGGUUUCCCAGGCUCUGAAACUCUGGGAGGAUUUUGUCCAGAAGAACUCUCCAAGUGCACUGAAUGCAGCUUUUUUCACAAGCGGAAGUCUUUACUGGCCUUCGUAGCUUUUCUCUUCUUUGCUUUUAUUAUUUCCCUCUCUCUUAUCUUUUACUACUCUAAGAAAGGCAGAAGAAGUUACAAAUAG